CCCGCCAGUGCACGUUUUCUCUUCCUUUCGAUGCGUGGGUUGGCCCACCGGCUGGUCCCCGCAUGCCUGCCGCCUCUCGCUAUCCCACCGCAACCACUCGCCGCGGGCAGAUCUGCGCUUGCAUCCCCAAGAUGUGUGCGGCACCUGGCAACAUCACGCAAGGAGGAGGGGGAAGAUGACAGCACUGGCAGCAGCAGCAGCAGCGAUGACGUGAGUGUGGUGAAUGAGGGUCAGCGGGCGGUGGACGAGAGGAAGAUAGGAUAGUCUAAGAGAGAGGUCGACGACGGCCGCACGGAGCGACUCAUCAUUGGCAUGGUGAGAGCAACGCAGACGGACGGAAGAACGGAUGAAUGGCUGGCUGCACUGCCGCAGUAAUCAAUGUCGGCGUGUGUGCUGUGCUGGUCAGGAUGAAGGUGCGGUCUCGCGUGCAGAGGAGGGAGUGCUGCUGCAGAGGUGGCGACGUGGCAUACAGAUCUACCCAGGUGGGUGGGUGCCACUGACGGAACCAAGCCCAGCACAUCUCACACACUCGCACAUCCAUUGUGUGUGCAGGUGGCCCUGUUGACCGCUAUCUGCCUCCAAUGGACCCUUCGCGCUUCCUUGUCGAGCCCGACAAGCUGACGAGAGAGAAACAACGAUUCCAGGUACUGCCAAAUCACACACCCUGGAUGGCCGACGGUGUUGUCUGUGCUGCCUCCCACAGGUGUUCUUCGCUGCCUUCCCCUGGCUGACCUUUCUGGCCAUGCUGAGCUGAGCGCUCCUUUCGCCCUCGUGGCCACGUUGCUGCCACGGCUGGACGAGAAGGCACGGGCCAGCUUGGCGUCUGAGUCAGAGGAGCUGCUGCGGCUCUUCCGCGUCCCCGAGUUCGCCAUUGUCCCAUUCAGGUGCGUACGGAACAGACAGUCAGACGGACGCACACGCACACGCAUACCCAUACCCGGCGUGUGUUGGUGUGCUGAUCGGUUUGUGCACAGGGCGUUGGUUGACGUCAUAGAGCGUCCCCUGCACUCGCUGAUCAUAUUCUUCCACCGUGACGUCUUCGGCACCUACGCCCUCCUGCCGCUGCUGGUCGACCUCGCCAGGCUGUUCAGGAACCACAACAUGCCCGUGGCUGUGGUGGCGGUCGAUUUGGCCGGCAGCGAUGUGCCCGACACACACAGAAAGAAAUUCCCACCCGCCCUGUCGCCAUUCAGCAGGUGUGUGUGAGGAUAGAGAGACACACGGGGGGGAGGGGGGGCGAGAAACGAAUGUGUGUAUCCUCUGUGUGUUUUGGCUGGAUGUGUAUGUGUAGGUGUUGUGUCCCUACAGCCAGUCUGGCGAGCCGGGGCUGCUGGACCACGACGGCCCCUGGAACGCUGUGGAGAUCGUCAAGACGGUGGAGAGCCAGGUCAACAUCCCCGACACACAGCACGUCUACAGGGAUGCAAGAGUAAGCGACAGCGAAUGCACAGCCACCCACCCAUCCACACCUCUCUUUGUGUGUGUGUCUGUGUUGUGAUGGUUUCUGGCUCGACUUUUAAUCAGCUCAGUCAUGUGUUGUGGUUUAUGGCUGUCGUUGAAUUUGGCUGAACAGCAUGACUUUUAAUCAAUCACCCGUUGAUCGCUGUCGCCGUCUGUGUGUUGUGGGCACAUUUUGCUCUCAUUUGGAUGCGUUUGAGAGCAAACAUGUAUGAGAGCGCAUCAUAUGUGGACAAACAAAUUCGCAAAUGUGUCUCAUCUAAUGGAUGUGUGUCUG